UCUGGCUACAGUCGCCUUCCGUUCCUGACUUGCUUGCUACUUGAUUUGAAGGCAGGCAGGCAGGCAGGCAGGCAGGCAGGCAGUCAAGUGAAGUCAUGAUUGAAUCAAAGCACUUGCUUCAAGUGUGCGUGCGGAUAAAAUGGCCAACUUUCAUUGGUUUACUCGAGCCCAAAUCAUCAGCUCAGCGCGUAAAUUCUUCAUCUACACAGUUAGGAGGCGUUUUUCAGCCAUGAUAAAUUCAUGCAAUUUGCGUUGUUGGUGACCCAAAAUGUCAGCUCCCGUAGCGGGUCGCGGGAACAUCACGAGGGAAAAGCCAAAAUGCCUGCCGAUCGAUCGAUCGCUCGAUCGCUCGACCAAUAGCCAUCAAAUUGAGCAGAUCAUUCCACCAUGAAGCGAUGGAUUUGUCAACUCUAAAUUCAGGAAAUGUGGUGUACUUUUCUCUUUUGAGAAAUGUCCAAACCUCGGACGUGUUUGGGGUCCUCAGCAGUUGUGCUGAAAACGGGAACACAUCGUGAAAUCUGCAAAUCGACGGCUCAGCCCUGCCGACUCGUCGCGUGGCCGCUUCUGACGAGAGGUCACGUCCGCGGCGGGUCGCCCGCCACCUUUCUCAAACUUUGGGGCGCUUCCGGCCUGAACGUCAGUCGGAACAAAUUGGCUGCAUGGCACGAACUGUCGUCCGCCCACCGAACAAGCUUCAAAACGGACGCGCGGCACAUUUUGCUGCCUUUUGGAGUGAGUGUGUGGGCAUGAGCUGCAAAAGUGAGAGCUCCAGCGCCCUCUUGUGAUGGAAAUGGAGAUGGAGGCGUGUCUGUCCAGCGGAGACUCAACUCGAUUGGCCGAGUUGCUUCGCGAAGAAGGCGUGACCGGGAGCACGCUCGUCCGACUGGGCUUGGUGGUCCGCAAGCAACUGAGAUUGGCUGAGUUUGGCCGAGUGGACGUGAUCUUCAAGUCUUUGGAGAGUCUCAUGGGCGACAAAAACCACGCCAAGACCCUCCUUGGUCUUGGGAUCACGCACAAACUCCACCCAGUUCCUGGUGACCGAAAGCUUCUUCGACUUUCUGCUGGUGAGGAGCACGACGGAAAGGUGUGUUUCCAUGGCAACACUGUGGCUCCUGUCUUUCAGCUGCUGAGCGGCUCACGCCUUCCAGCUGUUGAGCUGUCUGUGGUCCUUCUGGAACUUCUGCACACAUUCCUGGAAGCUGAGCUGCACUUCAACACGAGACUGGAGGCCGUGCGAACGUUCAACAGCAUCUUGGAUUCUCUGGGGAAAGAUCAGAGGAGGCGCAUCCAGUCGGAGUCGAGGCUCCUGCAGAUGAUGUCGGAGGUGGUGGCGACCAUUCAGACAGUCGGAGACUACGAGAUGCAGGUGAGCCUAUCGGAGGCUUUGUGUCGUCUGACUCCCAGGAAGGAAAGAGUCCAGAGAGCCAAUCAGUGGUUCUGCUGCGACCUCGGCAAUGCCUUCUGCGAUAUCAAGGACGCGGACUUUGAGGUGGAUUGUCGGCAUUUCCUGAACUUCCUGAAUGAUUGUCACGGCGACCAGAGAAAGGUUUGGAGUGUACCAUGCGUCAGAGCCUUCUUGGAGACCACAGAGCUCUUUCGCCCCAAAGAUGAAAAACUAGAUGAGUUCUGGGUAGACUUCAACUUUGGAUCGCAAUGCGUCAGCUUCUUCAUUGACCUUCCUCAGGGGUUCCUGUGGGGUUCUGUGCACCUGCUCAAGGAAGAAGUGGACCGGUACCAGCUCGAGGUCCAACAGGAUGAAAGAAGUGGGGCUCAGGCGGUCCUCAGUGUCCAGCUGAAGAUUCCCAUCGUGCACCUGAGUAGCAAAGGCCACAGAGUAAAGCUGCUCUUCCGUCCGGAGCUUCUCGGAGAGCUGGAGGCGGCAGCUGCAAGGGUCUUUACGGGAGAGGGCGAUAACAAAGGUGCAGGUGAUGAGGUGCAAGCCUCCCCCUCUACGACAAGACCACUUGGUACAGUCUACAGGAAGAAGCCACACAGUCAACUGAAAGUUCUUCCGCUGUCAUCCCCGAGCAGCGACGACGCCAACGCUUCGGUUACCACGACUUCCAGAAGCAGAGCAGAGAUUCUCUUCGAUCAAGUCGUACACUCGACGCCGGUGAAUGCAUCUGGCCCUCGUGCGUGGACAGAGUUUGACAUCUUUCAGGAAGAGAAAAUUGUUACUGGAGGAAACGUUUCUGGUCUGACGAAGGAAUGUUCCGGUUCCAAAAGAAAGCGAGCGCCUCCACAAUUAGGCAGUCCCAUCUGUGCUCGGGAGCUCGAGGUGGAGCCGGAGGAGAUGCAGGAUCCGGUGAGGCCAGGGCCCUCCAGACCCGGUUCGCUGAAUCUUGACUUGGGGAGGGUGCUGACUGAAGCCAUGCUACAAAAUCAGCAGGACACAAAAGAGCAAUUGAAAAUCAUUGCGAACACUCUACAGCAUAUCAAUGAGUCACUGGCACUGAUUGCUGCUGCGUGUGCAACCAAAAUGUGCAAUAAACAAAAUGUUGAAUGACGACUUUA